UGUGAUGGGAGAUGCUGGUUUCUCUGUUCAUCUCAUAAAGCAGUGUAGGGAUUGUAGCUUUGCAUCUCCGACGUAAAGUAUUCUUCUUAACUGAUGGCGAUUUUACUGUCUACUGAGAUCAGAACUUCUUUGGUGUUUUGAAAACAGCUUUAAGCGGCGCUCUAACAAAGGUGAAAUUUAGGGAGAGAACAUCACUGUGCGCCUUAGGUUAGGUGAAAGGGAAGCAAUGCCAGCGAUCUGAUGCUGCAGAAAAUUCGCCAUUGUUUCGACGAGAAGCCGAUUUAUCAUUACUUAGAUUUAUAGUUACCUUUUCAAUGUUUUGCCAAGUGGCUAACAGGAUCUCCAUUUUCAUGCUGCCUUGUAUCAUAUGCCUCAUUUUCAGCAUCCAGGCCACUGUGUCUUUUCUAGUCCGUGUCAGAGAUGGCAACAUUAUCGUGAUGUCUUUGGAGCCUACAGACCUAACUGAAAAUGCAGUGACCUAUGUGGUAAAGGUCACUGGAGAGACCAAGCCUUAUUUCCUUGAGUUUAAGAAUCUCAGCGACGCAUUGCCUGCUCCUGUAGUCUUUAAUGCCAGCUACCACGGCCUCUGCUAUGUCAUGACCCUCAUGAUGAAGAACACCAAGGUGGAAUUAAAACCGGUCAAGUCUGUCACUGUCCUGACAAACCCUCUUCCAGUGAACAGUGUGUUUAUUCAUGACUAUCAGCCCUCCCCUGAGACUAGCGUAGUCUUUGAGAUCAAGUGUGCAGAGAAAUACAAUGUUUUUACAAGAGUAAACAUAAGUUACUUGGAAGGAAGAGAGCAGCGCUCUAUGCUGUACAAAGAUUUUUUUAGGGGAAAAACCAUUUUCAAGCACUGGCUGCCUGGAAUGUGCUACAGCAACAUCACUUUCCAGCUGAUGUCUGAAGCCACUGUCAACAAGACCACCCUUGUUCAAUACAGUGGUGUGGGUCACGAACCCAAACAGCACAGAACAGUACCAAAUCCCCCCAACAAUGUCACCCUGCAGAUAGUGCAGUUUGGCAGGGGCAGCAUGUCAGAAAGGGCUCACAGCAGAUCUCACACCAGGAAAGUCAGGGAAGAGGUCAGACUGCUGGAGGAGGAAGAACAAGAUGAAAACAAGGAGGAGCUUAUGAGAGACGAUGAGAUUGAGACCAGCCAGCGGCCCCGUAACCUUACACAGAACCUGAAUGAUUCCUACAGUUGGGUGGACUAUAGCUACAGUAAUGGUACAGACUAUGAAACCACCACUCAACCCUACUGGCCACAUGUGGGUACAACAGCCUCCAGUGAUGAGGAUGAGUUUGUCAACCAGGUGGUACCGGAGUACGAUGAUCAGAAUGAGCUGGGCUCUGCUGGGGACUUGCCCUUACCCUUUAUACCCUCGGUCAGACUCCCCCCCCUGCUACUGGAGCUCCACUGGCUGCCCCCUCACCCUCCCACUGCUUUUGAUGGCUUCAACAUCUCCAUCUACAGGGAUGGAAAUUCUACAGAAAUGGCUACUGUAGAUGAAAACGUUCAUGAGUUUUUUGCUGAGUUGACAGAACCUGGGACAUAUGUAGUCUCUGUCACGACAUUCAGCUCAUCUGGAGACUGUGAACCCCGGGAAAGCACAAGUCACAACAGCUUCACUUUUUAUCUCAGUCCUAAUGGUGAGUGGUUUGAAGAGUUGAAGGAGAAGCCUCAGGAUAUCAAUGUUAGGAUACUAAGUUCCAGCGCAGCUGAGGUAUCCUGGGUUCCAUCCGCAGAGAGCCACAACACCACCCUGGUGACAGUGAUCUCACUCACUUGCCACAAGCCCAACCUGAACCAGAGGAUGGAGAGCAGAUACUGCAGUGAAGUAAGCACAGCUCCCAGUCAGGAAAACUCCACCAGUAACAUCAUCACAAACCUGACUCCUGGCGCUCAGUAUAAGGUGGUUGUCCGUCAUGUGAAUGGCCCACUGAUGGGUCCAGCAUCAGAUCCAGUUGUAUUUGAAAUAGAGCCCACAGGAGUUAGGGACCUGGUGCUUUAUCCCCUGAGUCCAACAACAGUGAUCCUUAGCUGGAGACGGCCUUACCAUGUGGCAUUCCGGAAGUAUGUGGUGGAAAUGUUCUUCUUCAACCCAGUGACCUUGACUUCAGAGUGGACCACGUACUAUGAGAUCGCAGCUACCCAUUCCCUCACAUCCACUGUGCGAGUGACUGACCUGCUGCCUGCCUGGUACUACAACUUCCGCGUUACCAUGGUAACCUGGGGAGAACCAGAACUCAGUUGCUGUGACAGUUCCACUGUGAGCUUCAUAACAGCUCCCGAAGCUCCGCACAUUUCCUCGGUUGAUUAUUCCAACAGCAUGCUGUACAUCAGGUGGACAUAUGGUGACGUUUUCACAGACCUGUCGCAUUCCAGAAUGCUCCACUGGCUGGUUGUCGCAGAAGGCAAUAAGGGUGUCAAAAAGAGCAUAUCAUCUGAUGUGACCCGGACUGUAAUGAAAGCAGUGCUAAGUUUACCCCCAGGAGACAUCUACAACCUAACUGUCACAGCCUGCACAGAGCGCAGCAAGAACACAUCUGCACCACACAUCGUUAAAGUGGAGCCUGCACCUCCAAAGUCUUUAUAUGCCGUGAAUGCAACUCAGACCUCAGUCACUCUCCUGUGGGUAGAGGAAGGAGUAGUGGAUUUCUACCAGGUUUACUGUAAGCAAGUUGGUUCAAGUAGAGAGCUGAAGGAAAAGGAAGCCCAGACAGUGAACUCUCAUGUGGUGACCAUAUCCAGUCUACUGCCCUCCACUGCUUAUAACUGCAGCGUCACUAGCUACAGCCAUAACACACCCAGCGAGCCCACGUUCAUCGCUGUCUCCACACGGGUGACAGAGAUGAAUCCUAACGUGGUAGUGAUCUCAGUCCUGGCCAUUCUGAGUAUUGUCCUGAUCAGCCUCCUACUGUUCAUCCUCAUUAUGCUCAGGAAGAAGCACCUUCAGAUGGCCAGAGAGUGUGGUGCUGGAACAUUUGUGAACUUUGCCUCAUUUGAAAGAGAUGGAAAGCUGCCUUAUAACUGGCGAAGGAGCAUUUUUGCCCUCCUUACACUUCUACCAUCCUGCCUUUGGACUGAUUAUCUUUUGGCUUUUUAUUUUAAUCCUUGGGGCAACACUGCGUUGAAGAAAAAGAAGCUAACAAACCCUGUCCAAUUAGACGAUUUUGAUGCAUAUGUCAAAGAUAUGAGCAAGGACUCUGCUUACAAAUUCUCUCUGCAGUUUGAGGAUCUCAAAAGUGUAGGACUUGACAUCUCCCAUGAAGCAGCUGAUUUGCCAGUGAACAGAGCAAAAAACCGCUAUACAAAUAUCCUGCCUUAUGACUUUAGCAGAGUGAAACUAAUAUCUAUGCACAACGAUGAAGGAUCCGAUUACAUCAAUGCAAAUUAUAUACCAGGUUACAGGUCUCCACGUGAAUAUAUUGCAACACAGGGGCCACUGCCAGAGACAAAGAAUGACUUCUGGAAGAUGGUCCUGCAGCAGAAAUCCCACAUCAUUGUCAUGCUGACACAGUGCAAUGAACGGAGAAGAGUUAAAUGUGACCAUUACUGGCCAUUUACAGAGGAACCUGUUACUUAUGGAGAAAUCACUGUUGAAAUCACCUCUGAAAAGGAAGCCACUGAAUGGACUGUGAGAAAUUUUAGACUUGGCUAUGCUGAUGAGACACAAGACGUCUUGCAUUUAAAUUAUACAUCCUGGCCUGAUCACGGAGUUCCAACAGUCAAUGCUGCUGAGAGCAUUCUGCAGUUUGUGCAAAUUGUCAGGCAUCGAGCAGCAAGGAGUAAAGGACCCAUAAUAGUGCACUGCAGUGCUGGUGUGGGACGAACAGGAACUUUCAUAGCUCUAGAUCGUCUAAUGCAGCACAUACAAGAACAUGAGUAUGUAGAUAUUCUGGGACUUGUGUCAGAGAUGCGAUCUCACAGACUCUCAAUGGUCCAAACAGAGGAGCAGUAUAUUUUCAUCCAUCAGUGUGUUCAGCUGAUGUGGAAAAAGAAGAAGCAGCAGAUCAGUGCUGGUGACAUCAUAUAUGAGAAUGUCAGCAAAUCCUAAAUGUGGUAUCUUACAGCAUUUAAAUGGUUCACCUGCCUUCCCUUGCUUCAGGCUUUACUGUUCGCUUUCAGCCAAGAAAGGUUUUUUUGUUCCAACUGCCAUUAAUGCCAAAAACAAGAAACCAACAACAAAGAGACAAGAGACUUUUUGUUUGGAGUUGUGGAAGCACUGGAAGGAGCUUUGCCUUAAAGAACCUGACUUGACCAUGUUGUACUCGUCCCGCUCCUCCUGUUCUCCUCAGUGCUGGACCAAAUAGUUGCCUACAAGGAAGAGAACGAUGAUCAAGAUGGUCAACAACUCACCACUUGUUUAGCGCAACACCUGCCCUUCCAGUAGUAGUGACGUUGCCUUCAUCUUCUGAAAAUCAAAAAGGGCAAUAAGUUAUCUCUUUACAUACAAGUUGAAUAGGAAGUGAUUACUGUUAAGGAGGUUUGUUUAGUAGUAUGAACAGAUUAUAAUUAGUUACCUUAUCUCAGGAUUAGUUUAACAAUUUUAAAAUGUAGUUUCUAGGUUGUAAUAUGAUCAUUUAAACAAUAUGGAUGACCUUUUCACACAUUAACCUAAUUUCACAAACUAGGUUUAGUAGUCACAUAUUUUGUGAUACAGUAUACUGUCAUUGUACAAUGGAGUGGGAUGCUUAGUGUGACAUGAACAGGCGAAGGAAUAACACUGCCACCGAAGUAUAGUGGAAACUUAUAUUCCAUAAGGCACAGCAACAUGUACUGUAUAGAUACUGUAAGAAUUAUAUAAUGUUGUAGAUAGUCUGGGAUAUUGAUGGUGCACUUAGUCUCCUCGAGAAGCUAAACAGUUAUGUCUGUUGCCAAAUUGCCUUGUCAGUUGCAUAGCAUGACGACUGCAUUGGUGUGCCAAAUAUAGUUUGACAUGAACGACAAACAAAUGAACAUAGUUCAGUAUAACUCGCAUGUUCAGAAUCUGUGGCAAGUAAACUUUUGAUUUGGCAGGUUUUACAUGUCAAAAGAUCAACUGGAAAGGAUGCUGGAUAGGCGGAACUAAGCAACUGUUUAAAUUAAAGCUACAUUCUCCCAAGCUGAACUGGGAUACCAGUGAGAAUAUGUUUAAUUCUACUGAGCAUCUGUGUUUUUCUCUGUGUAUGUUUUGGAGUUCUUGGGAUUUAUCGUAUGUUGUUGAUGUGAAUCUAGAGACACCCAUGUAUACCUUUAAAAGUUCGGUUUACACUAUUUCUGGUGCUUUUGGGACAAAGAACUAGCAGGACAGAAAGCACUGCAGCAUUUUAGGUCUCUUCAGAUGGUGUCUUACUACUAGGAUAUGCACGCACAAACAACACUACUCUAAAAAUGAAUCAUUUAAACGUAUAAAAUAUUAAGUUUUCUUAUUUUACAGGCCCUUUCCGUACUUUGCUGUGUGAAAGAAGGCAGAUUGAGAGUGCGUGUUCCUCUUAUGUAUCAAUGAAGCCAACAGCAGAUGUGGCUAAUGUCAUUUUGGAGAGCCUCAAGGGCUUACAAACAGUGGUUGGCAGAUAAAUAAAACACCAACAGGAAGCACAGCAAUAUUUUGCUGGACCAAAGGGACAGAGUACAUAUUUAGAGAAGGAGAAAAAAGUUAAGACUUGGGAAAAAUUACUCAAUUCAUCAUUGGCUGGAAGAUAUGUUUGUAGUACUAAUAAACGAGCCAGCUCAUAAAAGAAAGCCCAUAAAGUAAUUAGGAUGAUAAUGCCACUGUACACGGAGGCAGAAUUGCAAAAGGCCCUGGACCAUCACGUCAGACAUAUUUCAGAGCUACCUAGACUGUGCCAUUUUCUGGUGGUCACAUCUGUCCACAGACAUCAGACAAGUGGGCAUCUUGUAUCACUGCUCCCCCAAGUGGGAGCAGCUGCUGGCCAUAAGCUUAUAAGAGCAUUCCCAAGCUGCUGUAAGAGAUGAGAAGUGAGCCAAAUUCCUGGUGCUUUGAGUCCCUCUAGCAGUGACUUAGCAAAUAUUGUGUGUCACAAUAUUCACCCUAUAGUAGUUUAGAUUGCUGCUCAAUCCCAUUAGCAUUCAGCAAUUUGUGCAAGGCAGGUAUCAUCAUUGUCUGUGGUGAAAGUGGGAGAUAUACAUACAGAAGUGAAACUGAUGUUUUACCUGAAGGAAAAUGGGAAAGUGAAACCACAUGAUGAGAGUACAGAACCCCUCCAGAAAGUGAAAAUGUUUCAUACCUCCUGCCACAUGGAUGCCCUGUCCAUGAAAAAUGCUAUUGCUUGAAGUGGUGCUGAUCUCUGAACUCCACUCGCCUUUUCAGUUCUUGUUCAUAGUACACACGCCAGGGCAUACUGUUUUUUUUUAGUUAUGGGCCACUUUGGGAUUUUCUAGCACAGCCUUUCUUAAUAUCCGCUAUAAGCCAGGUGCACAACACCCAUUUCUCAUAACUUUUUAAACCUCUGUGGUACUGUUCAUGCUUUAAAAUGCCCCUUGUAAUCUUUCUAAUGCAAUUAUUACAUAAAGCAGCAUGGAAUAGUUGUUAGACCUCUGUAACUACUAGAUUACUAGGUAGCUCUUCAGUUUGAAUGCUGUUGCUGUAUUCUUGAGUGAUGUACAGAGUUUAGCUAUAUGAAUGGGUUGCAGCAUUGCUAGGGGUUUACCUACAAAACUAGAAACAUUGGUUUAAAAUCCUGAAUAACCCCAGCCCUAAUUAGUUUUGUUGAGGAUAUUUAAUUUUUAACCAGUAUAAAAUACAGAAAUAUAGGCUUAAAAAAUGUUAUCAUUUUUUAUUGCCUGUAUGAGCAGUUUUACAUGAUCUAUUAUCUGAAACUAUCCUAUAAAUUAUCAUUCACCUCUCAAAACAGAGAAAGAUAAAUAUGAAUUCUCUGGAGAUACACAGCAAAAAGGCUGUUUUGGAGUGCUGUCUUGACUUUUUGUCCUUCAGGUCUGGUAUUAUUUAUGGUGUCUGGAUAAAGAAUGCUAAAAAAUGUCAGAUGCUAAUGUUAAACUGAAAGAUUGUACUGUAGGCAUUUCUUCCCACUGUUUAUGUGUAAUUUCUUCUGGGUCGAGAAUUCAGUGGUGCUUAAGAAACAUCCAUUUGUUUACUCAGACCAUAAAGAGAGAUAGCUGUAUACUGUACAGGUAGGUACACUUUUCACAGUUCUCCCUACUCGUGUGUCAGAUUCCAACUGUAUUUGUUGUUGGUGCCAUUCUUGUGCAUUUUGUCACUGGAAAGAUAUCUACUGCUUUAAACAGUAGAAAUGGUUGCUUUUCACAAAGUUUUAACGUGUUCUUUAAAAAAAAAUAAACGUUUGAAUAUCA